CAACCACCAGCAACACCUGACCCAAAAGUAGGCAAAGAGGGCAACUAAGACAGAGAUACGGACGAGAAAUAGCAUGCGGACACCUACAUAACAAAGCCGGCUUACACAACUUCCUCCACUACCAACACGAUGCACUUUCUGCGUGCUGUCCGCUCUGCCGCCAUUCCCAAGCGGCAGUUGCAGGCUCGGCUGUCUUUCAGGCCGCUUCCAUCUCGAGCUCACAGCUUGGCAGCACACCGUCAUGCCAUCGCCCCCUUUUCCUCACAGGGUCAUCUGCAAAGGAAAUUGGAGGUUGAAGCAAGCAAUAAGGGGCUUGCGAUACGUCCUCCCCAAGCUGCCGAGAUCAAGCGUCAACACCUUCCUUACCUGUGGCUGCGGGACAACUGCCGCUGCACCCAGUGCGUGAACCAAGACACGAUGCAGCGCAACUUCAACACCUUUGAAAUCCCUCGCGAUAUCUGCGCCCAGAGCGUCGAGAGCACCAGCAACGCCGUCAGCGUGACAUGGUCGGAUGGCCACCAGAGCAGCUACGACUGGCAGUUCCUGCAGUUCUAUCUGUCGUCGGACCAUCGUGAGGACGAGGUCCGCCAGUCGCUGUCACUAUGGGGUGCCGAAGCCGCAGAUAGCCCUCCAACAGUCUCGUACGCCGAGGUCAUGGCAGACGACCAGGGUGUCGCGAGGUUGACAUCGAAAAUUAAAUCCCACGGCUUCGUCUUCGUCGACGGGACACCGCACGACGACCCGGACGCGACCAGGCAACUACUGGAGCGCAUCGCUUUCGUCCGCAUCACGCACUACGGCGGAUUCUACGACUUCAUCCCCGACCUCGCGCUGGCCGACACGGCGUACACGAACCUCGCUCUGGCGGCGCACACGGAUACGACCUACUUCACGGACCCCGCCGGCCUACAGGCGUUCCACCUGCUAUCGCACCAUCCGGCGCCGGGCGAUGAUGCUAAGGCAGACGCUGCGGGGGGGAAGUCUCUGCUCGUCGACGGCUUCCACGCGGCACGCGUGCUCCAAGCCGAAGAUGCGCGCGCGUACGAGAUCCUGAGCACGGUGCGGCUGCCGUGGCACGCCAGCGGCAACGCGGGCAUUGCCAUCGCCCCCGACCGCCAGUACCCCGUGCUGGAGCUGAGCGCCGACACGUGCGAGCUGCACCGCGUCCGCUGGAACAACGACGACCGCGGCGUGGUCCCCUUCGGUGGUGGUUUCACGCCCGACGAGUGGUACGACGUCGCGCGCAAGUGGGACGCGAUCCUGCGCAGGAAGGAGUGCGAGUGCUGGAUCCAGCUGCAGCCCGGCAAGACGCUGAUAUUCGACAACUGGCGUGUCCUUCACGGCCGGAGCGCGUUCACGGGCAUUCGGAGGAUCUGUGGAGCGUACAUCAACAGGGAUGACUUUGUCUCGCGAUGGCGCAACACCAACUUCCCCCGGAGCAAAAUCCUCGAGGCAGUUAUUGGGUAAAAUGGGUCAGGUGAACAGCAAGCACGAAAGCAAGUCUCGGCCCUGCCAUUACCACACGUUUCCAUGAAAAUGUGAGAACGUCACUGUCGAUAGCACUUUAGCAUGAUAGGAGUCGCUCAGCACGUGUUUACUUCAUUUUCCGCCACUUUGAUAAGCGAAGUCGUAAAAUGUGUAUCCACAAUAGAGAUAAAUUAUAUGUUUCUACUCGUCACACAUGUAUAAUAAACAUACCAAGAAAGUAGCACAACGUCCCACAG